AUGAGUGAUCAUGACUUUUUCACCUGGAUUCGGAAUUCAUACUAUUCCCAUCGAGGAUUUCUCGCCAUCUGGUUUGGUCUAUACAGAUAUGCACACUGCGAAUUCUCCCGGUUCCGAAGAUUCGAUGGGUAUGAGUACGCUCCCCUGCUACCGGAAUAUCCAGACGAGGACCAACCAUUUUACCAUUACGCGCCAAAGCCUAUGCGUCCUCGGCCGCCAAUGGCAUCACACGAGUUCAACCAUUGGUUCUAUAAAAGAUCUUGGUCCCGUACAGCCCGACUACUUUCUACACAGCGGCACCGGGCGAAAAGCAGGUGUUUCUCGCUGGGUAGCAGGUCUGUAAUCGAAGAGAAGAUUCCCAAACGAGAGACAUCCCUUGAAGAAGGUGUCCCUGCGUGCGAGGAUUUCUGGGGUCUCCUCGCUUUCCUGUCUCCUUCGGUCUACUUCUUCUUCGCAUGGUUAUUUCAAUGGGGUCAUGUAGGUGGUUUGCAAGGUGCAUCCAUUCCAAUUACGCUUUCGCUGGCCCCUCUUGCGACGUUCUGGGGGUUUGUCCUAUCUACUUCUCCAAGGUUUGACAACACUCGAACAUUGUGA